UUUUAUUCCAUGUGUUUUAACCUUGAUUUAUAAAUAUACUGUAUAGUUCAAUGUAUACAGUAUAUGUACACUUUCAUAUAAUUAAUUGUAAUAAAAAAACAAUUGCCGUAAAAUGAAAUUUUAUUAACAAACCAUCAAUUAGCAAUGGUUACACAAUCAAAGCCACCCAUUUUACUCAUCCCAUACAUUAACGUAAUUUGUUCCUUGUUCAUCAUAAUAACCCGAAUAGCCAUCAUCCUCCACCUCCUCAUAUUCACUCUCAUCAGAUUUAUCCUCUUCAUUUCCAUGUUCCUCAUCACUUUCAUCAUUUUCAGAUUCCUCAUCACUUUCAUUAUUUCCAAAUUCUUCAUCACUUCCGUCGGUUCCAUGUUCCUCUUCACUUGUAUCAGUUUCGUAUCCCUCAUCACUUGUAUUUUCGUCCUCUUUAUCUGAUUGUGGUGCUACUUCAUCAUUAGGUUUGCUUGCUUGUUGUUCAAGACGAUCAUAAUUAAAAAUCCAGCCAUCUUCAGUUCCAUCACGAUUGUUAGAAAUGCCACAGCAU